AUGGAGCGAUUCGAAUCGCUUCAGCAGCAGAGAGAGCGGGGCGCAGGUGGCGCCGCGAUUGGAGGAGGCAUGACGCGAUUCGAGAUGGAUGAUGACGAGGUGGAGGAGGAGGGAGGCGGGGAGGAUUUGGAGGAGCUAGAAGAGGGGGUGCUGGAUGUGAUUGUAGGGGAGAGUGACUUUGAAGAGGAGGAUGAGGAGGACGAGGAGGAAGAAGAGGAGGUGGAGGAGGAGGAAGGGGAAGAAGAGGAAGGGGAGGGGAUGGGGAUGGAGGGGAUGAGCAUGAGCGAGAGAGUGCAUCAGCUGCAGAUGCGAGUGCAGCAAGCUCAGUAUGCCACCGAUGCUGGUGCAGCUGCAGCUGGUGCGGUGAUCACGGCUCGUGAUCUUGCAAGGCUGUUUGACCACCCCAUUGACAAGUUCCAGGUGAAUAACGCCAGCCGUUGGAUCCUUUUCUACAUGAUCACAGCCGUUGGGCUCAUCACGAUUCACACCCGUCUCCGCCCUUGCCGUCCUGCCAGUCUGCAAGAAGGAACUGCUCUUGAGACUGGCGGUAGAUCCAUUUCUUCACAGCUCGUCAGUUCAGUGGUAGUGAGUGCGCCCACCAGCAGCGGCAAGACACUCGUGGGGGAGGCACCUCAUCGAGUGGCGAUAGAGGCCUUUCUGCGAGGGUCGUCAGUGGUGGUGUGCGCCCCCACCAGCAGUGGCAAGACACUCGUGGGGGAGGCAGCGGCAGCAGCCACAAUGGCGCGGGGAGGGCGCCUCAUCUACACCACGCCGCUCAAAGCCCUCUCCAACCAGAAACUGCGUGACUUCAGGCUACACUCCUAUUCGUUUGGGGAGGGCAACGUGGGGCUGCUGACUGGUGACGUGGCAGUGAACAGAGACGCGCCCAUCCUUGUCAUGACCACUGAGAUCCUGCGCAACAUGCUCUACACCAGCAUGGGGGCAGGCGAGGCAGAGGAGGAGAGGCUGAGGGGAGUGGAGGCAGUGGUGCUGGACGAGGUGCAUUACCUCUCUGAUAUCUCGAGGGGCACCGUGUGGGAGGAGACGGUGAUCUACUGCCCCAAAUCUAUCCAGCUCGUGUGCCUCUCCGCCACGGUCGCCAACCCCGAUGAACUCGCAGACUGGAUUGGCAGGGUGCACGGGCGCACGGAGCUCGUCACCUCACAGCACCGCCCGGUACCGCUCAAGUGGCACUUCUCCACGCGCUUCCGCAUGCUGCCUCUCCUCCACAACCGCGGCCGCGACAUCAACCCUCAGCUGCUGCUGCGCCCUUCCGGUGACCCUUUAUUGGAGGAGCUGCAAUCCGGUAGGAUGCUGCCACGUGGCAGUGGCAGGUCUUUCCAACGGUGGGAUGCAGACGACCAAAGCAGCAGCAGCGGCAGUGGCAAGCGAGGGAAGGAAUCUAAGGGUUUCGCAGGGAGAGGAGACAGAGAUGCAGGGAGAGGAGGAAGAAAAGGCGGCAAGAACGGGAAGGGGAUCGCGGCGGCUUUGUCUCGUAGUGGGGGAGGGUUAGCCGGGCUGGUGGGGAGGGGGCGGCGGGGGGAGGCGAAGAAUCGAGUAGAGGAGCUGUCGGCGCAGCAGGUGCAGCAGCAGUGGCGGCGGCAGGUGCCACGGGUGAGAGACACUCUGGAGCAGCUGAGAAGGAAGGACAUGCUCCCCGCCAUCUGGUUCAUCUUUAGUCGCAGAGGGUGUGACACGGCUGUCAGCUUUGUGCGCGAUACCAACCUGCUGUCGCCGAGUGAACAGGCGGAGGUGACAGAAGCCAUAGUG